AUGGCCGAGUGGUCUAAGGCGCCAGACUCAAGUUCUGGUCUUCGAAAGAGGGCGUGGGUUCAAAUCCCACUUCUGACAAUUUUUUUCGAGUUUUCCCUAUUGCACUUUUGCAAACCAUGA